AUGGCGGCUGCGGAGGAAAAAAAGAUUAUCGAGAAUCUCCAGGCGAACUGGAUCUGGAUUCCCAACUGGGUUGAUUCUUCGACUACAAACACAGUGGGCAGAAUCGUCGACUUUGUUCGUAAUGUCACUUUGCCAUCCCGUCCAAGAAAAUCACAGUUGCAUUUUUCAGCGGAUACACGAUACAAACUUUUUGUUAACGGGACCCGUAUUGCUGUUGGGCCAACCAGGAGCAGCCCGUUGAUUUGGUAUUACGAUUCGCUUGAUAUUGCCCCUUAUUUGGAAGAAGGGGAAAAUGAGAUACGCUUUACCGUGUUGCGAUAUUUUGCAUCCUCUCGUGGAGCUAUGGCUUUUGAGCGAACUGCUCUUCCAGGGUUGACUAUUUUCGGUUGUGUUGAAACCGAGACUGAAACCAUUGACCUUGGUUCUCAGCAAAAUUGGAAGGCGUCUAUGGAUGAGUCCGUUCAAUUUCCGUCGGGAAUAGUCGACGACGCAUUUCUUCAUAUCAGUGAACGUGUCAUUCCAAGGGGCCCGGUCCCUCAAAUAACGCCGAUUCUGCAUGGAAUCAGAACAUUAAAUGGUGACAUUGCUCCUUGGGCUCUUCGUCCACGGCCUAUUCCUAUGCCUGAAUCAACUCCUGUUAUUAUCAAUACGGUCAGGUCUUGUGAAAGCAGCGUCAGCUCAGAUGACUGGAAAUCUUUUCUCACUGGAAAGGCGCCUUUGCAUCUUCCUCAGGACUCACAACAUAUUAUUGAUAUACAAGCAGAUUGUCAUUCCACCGCGUUCAUCACAUUUUGCUUCAAGGGUAACCAACAGUCUUCUCGGAUAAAGCUCAAAGUGACCUAUUCUGAAGGAUAUGAACUUGAGCCUCGCUCCUAUCCUUUCUUCCGAUCUAAGGGUGAUCGGUUAGAUGCCAGAAAUGGCCACAUAAUUGGUCCGUAUGAUGAAGUUAUAUUAGAUGUUUCCGACGCCGAGAUUUUUUAUGAACCGUUUUGGUUUCGGACGUUUCGACUUCUCCGAAUUGAAAUUAUUGUGGGAGGGGCGCCCAUUGAAUUUCAAUCAUUUCACGCAACCCAGGUCAACUACCCGAUGGCGGUCAAAGCUAAUUGGAAAGAGCGAGAAAAUGCGCAAAGCGAACAGAUUUGGGACGUCUCAAUUCGGACAAUGAGGAACUGUAUGUUUGAUGGUUAUUCUGACUGUCCCUUUUAUGAGCAACUCCAAUAUUCCGGGGACAGUCGAUCCGUUGGCCUCUUUCAUUACCUUUUAUCUGGGGAUGACAGAUUGAUGCGACAAGCUAUAACAAAUUUUGCUGCUUCAGUAACUCCUAAUGGCCUCACCCAAUCUCGCUUUCCUUCUCAUUCACCACAAGUUGUUGCAGGGUUUUCUCUAUACUGGAUUUUGCAGGUGUGCGACCAUUUCCGAUUUUUUGGAGACGCACCUUUCACCCGCAACUUUGUUCCAAGAAUAGACGGAGUCCUCGAUUUCUUUGAAUCGAACAUUGAUGAUAUGGGCCUUGUCAGUGGGCUUCCCGCGGAAAUUUGGCAAUAUGUCGACUGGGUGACAACGUGGGGUGCAACUGUCGAUCAUCCGGAUAAAGGUGUACCGACGUCUGGCCGAAAGUCAAACCGGCACACCUACUUCAGUAUGCUAUAUGCUUAUGUGUUAAAGCAAGCCGCUAAACUGAUUCGUGAUGUUGGGAGACCUGGGAAUGCAGAUGAGUAUGAAAGCCGUGCUGCGGCACUUGUUGAAGCUAUCCGUAAACACUGCUACGAUGGUCGAUUUUUCACAGAUUCUACAUCGGAAAUAGCAGACAAGCUUUCUUAUUCGCAACACUGCCAGGUCUUUGCUGUUCUUUGCGGAGCAGCAAUACCCGAUCAACAAGAGCGUAUUUUGGCGGAAAGCUUCACCAACCCGCGGUUUUCCAAGUGCUCAUAUAUGAUGCAGUUUUACGCAUUUCGGGCACUUGCGCUAGCAGGAGGUCAAAUAUACAACAAUUUCUGGAAUUCAAUGUGGGAGCCGUGGCGCCAGAUGCUGGCGAACAAUCUGUCCACGUGGGAAGAGGACGACGUCCGUCAACGCUCGGACUGUCAUGCAUGGGGGAGUGUCCCGAUUUUCGAAUACUGUACCGAGCUGGCAGGUAUCUUUCCGGUGGCACCAGGAUCAUCGAAAAUAACUUUCAAGCCUCGUUUGAGUUUGAGUCCAUCAAUUGAAGCGAAAGUUGCUUUGGGGUUAGAAAAUCUUGCUCACGUCUCUUGGAGACUGGGGGACGGCAACCAAAAAUAUGUCGAGUUGCGACUUGAUAGACCAGUCGAAGUGAUAAGUCAACUUCCUGGCCAACAGGCAAUAGAUCAUGGAACUUUAGAUCAUCUAAGCUUGGUUUACAACCCAUCUUAA